CUUCUCGAGAACGCGUGCUUUCUGCUCGUCACUCGUCACAGUCGUCACCGCUCGCGUUGAUCUAUCGGGGCGAUCGCGAAGAAAAUUAAAUUCGCGAAAUCGCGCGCGUGAUAGAAACCACCUCGUGAAAGAAGAGAGACUCCAAGAUGCAACCUCAAAUAAUCUUGCUGAAAGAGGGCACGGACGCGUCCCAGGGAAAGCAACAAGUGAUAUCCAAUAUAAAUGCAUGCCAGAUUGUCGUGGACGCCGUCAGGACCACCCUGGGCCCUCGCGGCAUGGACAAGCUCAUAGUUGAUCAAAAUGGGAAGAGCACCAUCUCCAACGAUGGCGCUACCAUCCUGAAUCUGUUGGAUAUCGUUCAUCCCGCUGCAAAGACUCUGGUGGAUAUUGCAAAGUCGCAGGACGCAGAGGUUGGAGAUGGCACGACCAGCGUGGUUAUGCUAGCGGGGGAGUUCUUGAAACAGAUGAAAUUGUUUAUAGAGGAGGGCGUACACCCACGCAUAAUCAUCAAGGCCCUCCGUCGCGCGCUUCAGAUAGCCGUAGAUAAAAUUAACGAGCUAAGCGUCAAGCUAGACAAGAGCGACUUGACCAAACAGAUUGAGCUCCUGGAGAAAUGCGCGGCCACAUCUAUGAGCUCCAAGUUGAUACAUCAACAGAAGAAACAUUUCAGCCAAUUGGUCGUCAAGGCUGUUAUGAUGCUAGACGACUUACUUCCUCUUAACAUGAUCGGUAUUAAAAAGAUUUCUGGAGGCGCGCUGGAAGAGUCGGAGCUGAUCCAAGGAGUCGCCUUUAAAAAGACCUUCUCGUACGCCGGAUUCGAAAUGCAACCGAAAAAAUACGAGCAGUGCAAGAUCGCGUUGCUGAAUAUCGAACUGGAAUUGAAGGCGGAACGGGACAACGCGGAAGUGCGCGUGGACAAUGUAGCGGAGUAUCAGAAGAUCGUCGACGCGGAAUGGCAGAUUCUCUACGAUAAGCUCGAUCAGAUUCACAAGAGCGGCGCGAAAGUGGUGCUGUCCACGUUGCCGAUCGGCGACGUCGCAACGCAGUAUUUCGCGGACAGGGACAUGUUCUGCGCGGGUAGGGUGCCCGACGAGGAUCUCAAGAGAACGAUGAAGGCGUGCGGCGGUGGAAUUUUAACGACAGUGCACGGCAUCAAGGACUCCGAUCUCGGAAGGUGCCAGAUUUUCGAGGAGAAGCAGAUUGGUGGCGAGAGGUUCAACAUCUUCUACGAGUGUUCGCGAGCGAAGACGUGCACGUUUAUUCUGCGCGGAGGCGCGGAACAGUUUCUAGAAGAGACGGAGAGGUCCCUUCACGACGCAAUCAUGGUUGUCAGACGCAUGGUGAAGAACGACGCGGUGGUCGCCGGCGGGGGUGCCAUCGAGAUGGAGAUCUCCAAGACUUUGCGCGAUCACUCACGCACUAUCGCCGGAAAGGAGCAGCUUUUGAUAGGAGCGAUAGCGAGAGCUCUCGAAGUUAUUCCGAGGCAACUGUGUGAUAACGCCGGCUUCGACGCGACGAAUAUCUUGAAUAAAUUGCGCCAGAAGCAUCACAAAGGCAUGCAGUGGUACGGCGUCGAUAUAAAUUUAGAGGAUAUCGCGGACAACAUGCAGUGCUGCGUCUGGGAGCCGGCGAUAGUGAAGAUCAACGCGUUGACCGCCGCCACGGAGGCCGCCUGCCUCAUUCUUUCCGUCGACGAGACUAUCAGGAAUCCCAAGAGCAGUCAAGACGGCCCGCAGCAGCCGAUGGGACGUGGCAUGGGCAGACCGAUGUAAUCCGUCUAUCCCUGUCGCGCUUAAUUAAUUUCAUCAGGACUAACAUAUAAGAGAAUUAUGUAAACGUAACACGAAACAAAAGCAUUAGCUUAUAAACGCAAGCGCAGUGUUCGCGCCUUCGCAGCCUUGUCUCUCGUCAUCUUUUGUACAUGCUAAUAUUUAUAAUGAAUCACAAUGAGGUAACGGAUGAUUUCCUGUUUAAAAAUAAAAGCUUAUUGUUCCUUA